AUGCAAAGUGCUUUAGUAGGCUCCUGGCACAACAAUGGCUUCUACGGGCACUACAGAGGCCAAUUCAAGAGUGAAAGUGCUCGAGAAUACCGCCUUGCAGCCAAGCCCCAGCCUCCAGCAGUGUUCCUGCAACGAUGCCAGGAGCCAGUACAGCAACACUUCUUCUCCAAACAUGACAACCGCACUUCCUACGACAAAGGCCCCUACUGCCUGCUGCAGGGAAUCGGAAGACGGAAAGACCUGGAGCGUCUGUGGCAGCAGCACACCUUCCUGCGUUGGGCACCCUGUGAGCUGGAGUUGCGCCAGCAGCGGCCCCUCAAAUCCUCCUACCAGGCCGAUUUCCAGUCAGGCCCAGGACUCAGUGACCUUCCCCAGCGCCUUGUCCACUUUGUGCAGGUCCGGCCUCCCCGUUCCAGCACCACCUAUCAGCAGAACUUCUGCCAGCCAUCCCGGGGUGGCCAUUGUGGCAGCGACAACGUGGAGCCCCAGGCCCCAGUCACCGACACACUGCCUGACAUCCCGGGGAUCCCAAGACCCAAGGUGCUGCAGCAUUACCUUCAUGCUGGGGUCUCUGAGUGUCUAAACUGGUCCAGAGCAUUAAACAAGGACAGCUGA